CUUGAAGUCAAUGCACUCAGGUAAAGUUCUGGAAACUCUUCUUCGACUCAAGGAGGAAAAUGAUGUUCUGCCACUUCUUCAUUUUGUUUGUUGUUCAAUUAUCGUGUCUCACUGUAACAGCCGAGACAGCUAAUCAAGUAUUAAGGAAAAGGUAGGAAGAAAAUUAUGCGUAUUCUAAGCCGUGUUCUACGAGCGCUGUUCUAUGCAUGUUUACACGAAAUGCGUUCGUACAGUUCCAUGCAUUAGCUAAAUUUAAACUUCGGAAAUAUGUCACUGAACAUUCUAAUGGCGAUAAUUAAGCCAAAUUAAUACUAUAUGUUAUACAUAGCAAAUGUCUUAACGUCGACUAUUCUUCCUAAAAUGUGAAAAAAUAAACAGUGUUAUUUUAACAACGCAUUUCUUAUGUAGACGAGCUUUGUCAAGUCAAGGAACAAGUGGUUUAUGUCAGGGACUUCCGGGACUGCCUGGACGAGACGGUAAGUAAAAUUCAAUUUUAUUUAGCAUUCACCAUGAUUCAGGGCAAUUUGUUUAUUAUCAGGCCAAGCAAGAAUGGGCCGUGAACGUGGUCGUGAAUCGAAGGGCCCAUAUAGCUUUACUAUCAUCACCGUAAGGAAUCUUUGCAGAUGUAUUACUAAUUGCAAACUUUGCAUUGCAAACUUAUUGCAAACUUUGACAACCGUCUACCUGGUUUAGCUAACAUUAAGAUAAAACUUUCCACUACCAAAGAUUGUUCUGUGUGCAAAAUCCGCACGUUCAUUUCGUGUCGACUGGACUUGCAAAACGCGGGCUAGACUGGCCUUGCAUGUAAAACGCGGACUGGAUUGGUUUUGUAAAACGCGGACUGGACGUGGUUUGUUUUGAAUACAUUCAGUUGCAGGUAUUGCUUUGGAAGAAUACAUAUUAGCAUAAUAGUACGAGACUAAACUACUAGAAGGAUUCUGGGUAAUGGUCUCCCGAGAAAGUUUUUCGAUUGCGUUGACUUGUAACUUCCACGUUUGCCUGUCAAUGCUCCUUUAAAUUUACCAGAAAUUACUCAUGAUCGAACAAAUACCCCCACAAACCCAGCACCUCCCUCCCCCAUCGCUACGGCUCUGUGCUGGUACCACCCAAUUAUAAUAAGCUCGUUACGACUCUGCCGUAGUCAAUCUUCAUUAAUAAUUGUAUUACGUAUUGGGCAAGGAAUUUCAUAUUCACAAUUCCAGGUAAAUUCUAAACGUUCGACGUUCAAAUUCAAGGAAAAUUCUUUGACAAUCUGCCCAAACUACCGGUGCUUUGCAAUGCAUAUGCAAUCUCGUUGAUAUUUUGUGUUUUUAUUUUUUUUGUUAGGACGUGAUGGCCGUGAUGCGACGCUUAUGGGUAAGAUAUAGGUUGUUUACCAUUUACAUGGAAAUUCCAGUGAUUCCAUACGGAAAGUAAAUGGAACAUGCAUAUUUCGAGGGCCCAACCGGAACUUUUCCGGAAUGAACGGUUUGUUUGAAAAGGUUGUCCUCUCUUACCGAUUGAAACGUUUCAACUGGUGAAUUUUGCUAUUUAUUAAAACUAUUUUUUUCACCAGUUCCAGGCUCUUCGCGCUUUAAUUCAAACCGGAUGGGUUUUCCGUGUAAAUGGUAAACAACCCUUCAGUGCCUUCCGGUCAGUCACUCUAAAUGGAAAGCGCAUAAUCCGAAUGAGAUUUUCUGCACGAAAUUUUGCUUACCAUUAGCACAAUUUCAAAUCGGAUGGGUUUUCCAUGCAGAUGGUAAACAACCAUAAUAAUUGUUAUAGGUAUUAUAUGUUUUAUAUUUGCAAAAUUUUAAAUAAUAAACUGUAAAUUAUAAUCAUAGUCAGUAAUACGAGGUUUUAUGCAAUCUGAGUGGUUGACCCACGGCUACUCGCCGUAUAUCAGCUGAAAUCAGUGAAAUUAAUAGAAUUGGAACGCUACGUUCAGAUAAACUGUUUAUCUUAUUCUUGAAAUCUAAUCUGACCCAGACACACGUGUUUAUGCCUCACGUGUUUAUGCCUCACGUGUUUAUGCCUUGCGUGUUUAUGCUUCGCGAUUCUUUCGCGUAAACAAUUAGAAAAAAGAAACAAAAAAGCGAACACGAAGUUUCAGCUAAAUAAAUACAUUAAUCGAAAGCUUUGGGCGAUGUUAAAAAGCCUUAUUUGUAAAUUUUAAACCGGUUUUCAAGAAUACAUAUUCAUGUCGACGGAUUGACCGCGCUCUUUGCAUACGUGAAAAGACUGGGACUGGGCAUUCAAGUUUGGCUUCAAAUCUCCAGUUGGAGGUAGCGUUCCAGUUAUAUUCAUCUCACCGGCUCAAAAACAGCGAGUAGCGAAUAACAAGAUGGUAUUAUAUUGGUAGCACAACCACAACCUGUGAUUUUUGUGAAUCAAAAACGAGCAAAAUGUUUGGAAAACGCCUAAAAAUUUUGAAAAUUAAUCCUCGAAAGUGCAUUUCCAGCUCUUUCCCACAAUAAGUUCUAAAGUAAACAAGUGUAUAUUAUGCUUGUGAUGUUUCUGUGAGUGUACAUACACAUCGGACAGGCUUGAAAAAUAUGCCUAUAAAAUAUGCCUUACAUUGAUAUCGAAGGAACUAGAUUCGGUUCCGAAAUAUCACAUACUCGAACCGACCUGACCGCGUAGCUCAGUUGGCAGAGCAUUGGGCUAGUAUUCCAAAGGUCGUAGAUUCGAUUCUCACCGUGGCCAGGCAUAUUUCUCAAGCCUGCCCGGUGUGGAUAUACACUCAGAGAAACAUCACAAGCAUCAUAUUCACCUGAGUACAUUGCACUAACACAAAAAAUAUCAAGUGUAUAUUGCCUGAUAAACAGAAGAUAUAUUUCUGUGAAACACAUGAUUAACUGGAGAAUUAGUGAUGAUUCUUGUGAUAAUUAUCGACUAUCGUAUUGUAAAAGAACAAUUACACAAAUAUGCAACGGUCAAGUCGACCGUUACUCUUCUCUGAAAAUCACGUCAGCACGCUUAUAAAACUGCGACACUAUUGAAGAAAAACAUUUUCAAAACCAACAUCUUUCUGAACUGAUAAUAUUGGUUAAGCCAAUGACAGUGUCACGUAAAAAAACGAGAAAUAUAUUUCAAGCUUGCAUGCAAUGAUAGUAUAGCCAGCUUAACAUGGACGGCUAUUAGUAUUUAUUAUAGUACUAGCGUACCAAUUUCCCAAACAAGCACGAAAAGCAUAUGCUUCAUUAUCAAAACAAUAUUGCCCCCUCUCCCUCGCUUGCGCGGUCCCUGCAAGUUGCGACAGGGUCACACCGAUGUGGCUGAACAAACUAGCUGACAAAAUAUUGCAACAGAGAAGAGUGUAUUAUUGUUGCAAUUAAAUAAAUGGUUUAUAUAAGAUUAUAUCAUAAAACAGUUUUACCAUCCGCUUUUGUCGUAUAUGGCUGACAUACGACUCAGUGCGCGCAUUUUGAAUCGCUGCUACUGGCACAGACUCGGUACUACGCCUCUCGUUAGCUACCAAUCAGCUUGAGCUCAUGGUUAUGUAUUUGAAACGUUAAUUUUUAAUUAUAUAUUCAGUCAUGAAGAAUAUAUUUGACUUCCUCAGGUCCGCCAGGAAAGCGAGGUGAACCUUGACCGACAGGGGCACAAGGGGUAAAAGGGAACUCAGGCGGUGUGGUGUACACACGGUGGGGAAGAAGUGACUGUCCGCAAUCUGGCAACACAACCAUGUUGUACUCAGGU